CUAGCUUAUAAUGAAAUGGCGAUGAAAUAACAAUGGCGGGAGUCAGAAAGGAAGCGUGUGAGCCUUGGACAUCGACAAGUCAGUCGCCGGUUGAGCACGGGCAGUACCAGACGAGGAGACCUGAAGGAGGAGAUCGGUUGUCUGUGUCUUUUCAGGAACCAGUUGAUACCACAUUGGGCUACAUAUGGAAGUAUUCACAGGGGCAGAGUCAAGGAUUUAAUGCGGAAACAAUGAACGAAUCUGUGGACAGGAAACGGGCAGUUCGUCAAGGCCUGAGACCAGGCAACCGGUUGUCAUUUCCCAGUUUGCAAUUUUCCAACUCCCCAGCACCCAGAGAGGAACACAUGAGUCGGACCCUCAACCAAGAGCACAUCAGGAGAUCCAUUGGUCUACUUGAUCAAGCAACGGGCACAACUACCACCCCAGGGCAUCCUGUACCCCGCACACCAGGCAGUGCACUCAAGCAUAGCACAUAUACACCAAGACGCCCUCCGACAGCCUCCCAGUUCGAUGUCUCGGAUUUAAUGGGCCAGACGCCAAGCCGGUCCCUCAUGACUCCAGGACCCACGUUCAACUUGUCAGCGGUCGACCAGACACGCCUCAACACCUCCCUGUUCCUGGCCACACCCCGGCAGCCCACUGCGGCAGACCUGGAAUCCACUGCCGUUCAGACGCCAGGGGGUAGCACGGAAGACUUCACCAGCACCAAUGUCCACCUCCUACUGGCGGAAGACCCAGGCAUAGCAGCUUCGGAAGGACUUUUUGAGAAGUUCAUGCAAUGUUUCACCGAGCACCAGUCACCAACUGAUGUUUUCACACUGGUGGCCAAGUACCAGGAGGUGUGCAUGGAACAAGUGGACAUGCUCAAUAACCUUGUCCGGAAGGCAGGCGUGACGUCAUCUUAUGGCAUUCCCAAGAAGUUCGCCCGCACCGUCGAAGUCUUGCGCCUGCUUGACCAGGAGAAAUGUUCGUGGCGUCUGAUUGGCUCGUUAUAUCAGGAUAGACAGAGCGUGCUGGAGGAUGACCAAGAGGAUAUGGACGUCAAUUUAGAGACACCAAGCCAAAGUGAGAAGGACAUCAUGGAGGCCUUCUUUCUAGGCAACAGCGAAGUCCGACAGAGCCAGAUCGUGGUGGACUGGCUGGAGGAGAACGCCCAAGAUGUCUUGAGAUCCGGCUACGACAGGGCCGAGUUCUACUCUAAGUCCAUCUGCUGGGAGAACACUCUCCAUGGUCUCAAGCGGCAGGUUGGUACUGGCCAGCGACAGUCCUCACUGUCUCACCUGGACCCAGAUGCCCCCAUCAGAGAGAGCAAACCCUUGGCUGACCUUGACAAGGAGGAUGAAGUGCGUCUCCUGCGCGAAGUGUUUGGCAACAUCCGGGCGGGGCGGAUGGAGGAAGCGCAGCGGCUCUGCCGGAAGUGCGGCCAGUCGUGGCGGGCAGCGACACUGGACGGCUGGAGGCUGUACGACGAUCCCAACAUCAGCGAAGUGCCAGCCACAGGGGAGCUGCAGCACAUUAAAGGCAACAAGUACCGUGACAUCUGGAAGUCGGUGUGCUGGCGCAUGGCAGAGGACGAGAGAUUCAAUGUGUACGAGCGGGCCAUCUAUGCCGCCCUCAGUGGGAAUCUCAAAGAGCUCCUGCCGGCCUGCGAUAGCUGGGAUGACUGCCUGUGGGCCUACUUCAAGGUCUUUGUGGAUCGCCAGGUGGAGCAGGAGAUUCGGGACAAGCUGAACCUGAGCCGGGAGCUGGAAGCCCUGCCAGACGCUUACUAUGAGAAAGAGCUCUCACCGUCAAGAAUUUUUCAAGAGCUUCAGUCCCACCCAAGACAGAUUGUUGAGAUGCAGUCCAAGGAAAAACAUCACAUUAUACAGAAGUUCAUCAUUCUUGGAGACGUCGAUGCACUGAUUGAGGAGAUGGGUGAUUGGAUAUAUGACGAUGUCAGCCGGCCCUCCCAUCACUUGGUCCGCUUCAUGGCCCAUGUCGUCCUCUUCCUGCGCGCCCUAGGCCUCCAGACCAAAGAUGCCAUCUGCGUGGCCAUCAUUGAGGCCUACGUCAAGGAUUUGAUCACCGAGAAGCACACCAAGCUGGUGGCUAUGUACACAGCUCAGCUACCCUACGACAUGCAGGUGUCUUGGUAUGCCAGGUUCUUAGAGGGUAUCCACGACAAGGAGGAAAGGCAGCAUUGUCUACACUUAGCUGAAGAGGCUGGACUUGAUGUUGCUCAGAUAACCAAGACAGUCGUCGAGAAUAUCCGCACCAGGGACGAGAGUGAGUUCACGGCUCACACGCAGCGUUCGUCCUUACUGGAGGCAGCCACCUCAGCAGAGGAUCGUCGUAAGAUCGAGGCCACUGAUUGGUUGGUGUUUGAUCCAUCACAGCGAGCCGAGGCAGUCAAACAAAGCAACGCCAUCAUCAGGACAUUCCUUGCCACCAAGAAGCACGACGCAGCCAAAGAAGUCUUCCACAAGAUCCCAGCCGACUCCAUCGAUCUGAUCUGCCGGAACUGGCAAGCUCAGGCCGGCCGGGAGAGACUUCCCGCCGAGGAUGAGAACGCCGUCAAUGAGUACCUCUGCCUCAAAGCUUACCUAGAUGCCCUGGACUCUUUCAAUGACUGGUUCGAACACUACCACAACAAGCAACCGACGAAGCCCUCGGCGCCAGACAACGGCAAUUUCCACGAGAUGGUGCGCUUUGAGCACGAGCAGAAGGAGUAUGAGCUUGAGCUGGAGAGGUGGCGACAAGCACUUGGAAGUCAGAGCAUGGGUGUAAAGGAGUACAUCUACAAUGUGCUGCUGUUUGUUGAUGGAUGGAUGGUUGACAAGAGAAUGGAUGGCAAGGUUGACGAGACACGCCUGGAGCAGAUGAAUGGCCUUCGGGAGCUGUGCUUGCCCAUGCUAUGUGUAUUGCUUCACACAGUGCUCCACACCACAGAACAGUACAAGGAGUGUCUGGCCCUCGCUGAUGUCCUAGCCUCCGAGGAUAACCAGCUGUACAAGGUGUUCAGACGGCCAGAGCUGCAGCAGUUCCUGUCCAAGCUGAGCGAGUCGUCGCUGCAGCUGCUGAACCAGAACCUGGACCCGCUGGGCUACGAACUUGUGUCCUGAGAGCAUUUCGUGCCGUACAACACAGAGAAUACGGUGGGGGGUAAUGAAGCAUCACCGUUCCGUUAUCAUCGGAAUUCCCACAAGUCAUUGAAAAUCCUGGGGGAAAGGUUGCCCUGGAAAUUUGUGGAGAGUCUUGGAAAAUUGGGGGAAAAAUAGGGUGUCCUUGACUCCUAUCGUCAGAGGGAAAAAAAGCCACGGAAAAAUCACAGACAUCAAGAUCCUGCAAGGGUUAUUUUUUAUUAAACCCUUUUGAUUAUGGAUAUGGUAACAUAAUAAUGAUAAAUUUGCAGGCUAUGUAAGAGGUUGCUUUGGCAUACUUCCGGCUCAUAAUAUCAAACAAUUUUUUCUCCGCGAAAUGGGCAUGAAAUGUCUUGGAAAUUGUUAUAUUUAAAGUCCCGGAGGUGUCGUUGAUUUUUUUUUCAGAUUUCCGGCGGAACCCUUUAUCAUGCAAGUGACACGGUCAUGAAUUGAUCUUGAAGUAGUCUGUCUCCCCAAUGAUUUUGAAAAUCUAGUCUGUCUCCCCAAAGAUUUUGAAAAUCUAGUCUGUCUCCCCAAUGAUUUUGAAAAUCUAGUCUGUCUCCCCAAUGAUUUUGAAAAUCUGAAUUUGACAAUGAGCUCUCAAGCCUGAGGCUGGCCCCUUAACAAACCUGGCGUAUUGGAAAUGUAUGGGAACUGUUGAACAGUUUUGGGUAGCCGGUUGGGGUGAGCGUGACCCUAGUGUUUCAAGCCUUUGUGAAAGCCUCUUGGUCUUUUGUCUAGUCUUGGGUUCAAGACGUUAGUGCUUGAUAGCGGACACCGUACAUAGCGCCCCCUAACGACUGAAGGCGGACAGAGUACACUGUUCGAAACGUCGAGUUAUUCCCCUAUUUUUCUCAGAACCACACAUACUCAAGAAAGAGAUUUAUCCAUGAUGUAACUGCAAUCGCUUUACUUGUAUAGAUCAUGGACCUCUUGGGCUAAGACUACCUUUCGUCCGACAGCUAAAUCAAUUCAGAAACACGUUUCUGCCAAAGGGACUUGUCCGUAUGUGUGGGUUAUAUUGUACAGACUUUUGUUCUGGCCCUUUUAAUAAGAAAAGUGCUGGAAAAUUUGUCAGAAAUAAAGAAACAUUUGUUACAAGCACUUUGA